CGCUUAGGCUCGACCCAGUUUGAAAGUGAACCAACGGCUCCAGUCGCUGCUUCUGCUCCAAACAACAACAAGAGCCCGUUAACCGAACCCCGAACCCCGACAGGUCCACCUCCGCCGGUCCUCCGAACCUGCCGCCACUAUGAUGCGAAAGGAUGUCAACAAGCCCAAGGGGAAGACGUCAGCGUACGCCUUCUUCGUUCAGACGUGUCGAGAGGAACACCGCAAGAAGAACCCAGAGCAGUCGGUCAACUUUGCCGAGUUCUCCAAGAAGUGUUCUGAGAGAUGGAAGGCGUUGUCUCCAAGUGAUAAGAAGUGUUUCGAAGACAUGGCCAAGGCCGACAAGGUGCGCUACAACAGGGAGAUGAGAGACUACGUCCCCCCGAAGGGCUUCGGAAAGAGAGGCCGCAAGAGGAAAGACCCCAACGCCCCCAAACGGCCCCCGUCUGCGUUCUUCGUGUUCUGCAGUGAGUACCGUCCCAGUGUGAAGCAGCAGUACCCUGGUCUGUCUAUAGGAGACUGUGCCAAGAAGCUGGGAGAGAUGUGGAGUAAACUGUCCCAGUCUGAGAAACAGCCGUACGAAGAGAAGGCCCAGAAACUACGAGAGAAAUACGACCGGGACAUGGUGGCGUACCGCGGAGGAGGAACCUACGCCAGGAACCCCGGGUCCUCAGCUCAGGGAGGAGACGAAGAGGAGGAUGAAGAAGGAGAAGACGAAGACGAUGAGGACGAAGACGACGAGUAGAGACCAGCAGCUGUAGCUGAGAGAGAGAGAGAGAGAAUGAAUGAGAAAGAGAAUGAAUGACAGAGAGAAUGAAUGAGAGAGAAAGAGAGAAUGAAUGACAGAGAGAAUGAAUGAGAGAGAAAGAGAGAAUGAAUGAG